AAUCCAACCAUCUUUUCCAGCAUUGGUCAGCCUAUUGGAACAAAGAAAAAUGGCAAAGCUAUUUAUUUGGAUAGCAAGUCAAGGAGUCAAAUUCACCGCUACAUAUUAUUCAAUUGCGACGAUGUCCAGAAAUUUAUCAGGGAGCAUGAAAAUGAAUACUCAAAACAGAAAAGAAAAAAGUGGAACAAAUCAAAGGCUCAAGGGAAAGAGUUCGUUGAAUGGUUCAAAAAGCGUGUUCUAUUAAGCGAUGUAUCUGAACAAAUGAAGGAGUUAUCUAGAGGACCAAAUACAGUUGCAUGUCGUUUUUCUGGCUAUCUCAUUAAUGGUUAUAGAUUUCAUACAAAGCAACGAGAUGCACGACGUAAAACCCAAAAUAGUGGUGUGACAUUGGUGUCAAUUGCUGAAAGUUUUGCAAGUACUAACGAUAGAAAUCCAAUAACAGACUCACUUACCUGCUACGGAACAAUUAUUGAAAUAAUUGAAGUAGAUUAUUAUGGGCAUUUUAAGGCUGUGUUAUUUCGUUGUGAUUGGUUUGAAGUUGAAGAGGAUAAGUAUGGUUUGAUUUGUGUUCACUUCAACAAGAGAUGUUUUCUGGAUGAUUCGUUUGUGCUCGCUUCUCAAGUGCAUCAAUGCUUCUACAUUCAAGACCCUUUUAAUGCAAAUAGGAAUUACGUCAUGAAGACUAUCCCGAGGGAUUUUCUUAAUAUCAAAGAACCAUCAGAUUCAAACUCUCAACAGUUUUAUCAAAGUGAGCCAUCAGAUCAUCCAGUAAACCUAGCUACAAGUGAUGACAACAUUGAAUUCGAGUUGGUAAGGACAGACAUGGAACCGACAGUUGUUGAGAAUUAUUUGCAUUUAUUGAAUGCAACAGAAUCUGAAAAUGACUCUGAGAUUUAGAUGAACCUCUUU